GCAGAGGUUGCAUGCCGCCCGCCUCUCUGUGGUUGAUUUAACAGGAAGUUCUCAUCCUCGCUGCAGCCAGACGGUCCCUGAAGCUUCGGCCGCCGGACAGACACCAUGAAGGCACCGCGUCUUUUCCUCUUGUUGUUCAGCUUCUACCAGACGACUCUCCCAGCUCGAGUCUCUGUGACCAUCUCUCCCAGCAGAUCGCAGCAUUUUGAAUAUGAGAAACUGUCGGUGGACUGUGGUGAUUGGACGGCGUGGAGAUACACCACCAGCAGCUGGAAUCUGAGCCAGUGUGAGUUGGGCUGGGGAGCCAAGUCUUCGUCUUCCUGUGACAUCGGCACGGCCAAGACCACGGACAGCGGCGUGUACUGGUGUCAGUCCAGACACGGAGACAGCAGCAACGUCGUCAACAUCACCGUCAUCGGUGGACCAGUGAUCCUGCAGAGUCCAGUCCUCCCUGUGACGGAGGGAGAAGACGUCACGCUGAGCUGCAUUAAAAGGAAAUCGUCCGCCCUCCCAGCUGAGUUCUAUAAAGAUGGCGUCUCCAUCGGGAAAGGGCCUGAAGGUUAUUGGACCCUCCGUCGUUUCUCCAGGUCGGGUGAAGGAUUCUACAAAUGUAAAGUCGGCAAUGAAGAGUCUCCACCCAGCUGGAUGCUGAUGAAAGAUGACUCUGUGCCGGCCUCUCUCCUCUCGGUGUCUCCGGACGUCACUCAGCUGUUUGAGUACGACGGUCUGUCUCUGAGCUGCGGCAACAACAGCCGAUCUCACGGCUGGAGGAUCAUCAGAGCCACCAAGCUGGACGGGAAGGAGGGGAUGCUGGUGAACUCCAGCGAGAAAUGGGGCGAAGCUUCGCCUUCUGGCUUCAGAAUCCACGCCGCCAAGAAGACGGACAGCGGCGUGUACUGGUGCGAGUCUCCCGCCCGGCAGCGGAGCAACUCCCUCAACAUCUCUUUUUACGGUACUGAUAAAAUAAUCCUGCAGAGUCCCGGCCGCCCUGUGAUGGAGGGAGAUAACGUCACGCUGCACUGCAAAACAAACCAACCCUGGGACUCCUUGCCUGGUUUCUAUAAAGAUGGCUCCUUCAUCAGGACUGAGCGUGAUGGUCACAUGACCAUCCACAAUGUUUCCAGGUCUGAUGAAGGCCUCUACAAGUGCAACAUCAGCACAGGUGGAGAGUCUCCACCCAGCUGGCUGUUUGUCAGAGAUUCUCGGAGCGAUAUGGAGGAAACCUCUGCUGUAUCCUCGCCUUCGUCUGUGCUGACGCUGAUACGCCACCUGGUGGUUGUCUGUCCGUACUGCAUCUCCACCGUCCUGCUGGUGUCCAUAUGUCGACAGAAGCCCAAAGGAAACAGCAACCUUCUCCGGAGCAUCAGCAGCUGUGCAGGAAGGAAGCAGCAUGUUUCAAUGGCGAUGUCUCCACCCAGAGAGGAUGAUGAGGGAGUCGACCGAGAGUAUGAAGAUGUCAUUCCUGAUGUCACCACUGAGCAUCAUUUCUAAACUCUCGCUCUCUCUUAUGUUGUGUUUUUCUUUCACGGUUGUUGUCUGUAAUGUUGUCCUGUUGUCAUAAAUGGCCUGGCCCCAGAGUAUUUGUCUGAGAUUUUAACCCUGCGUGAGCACAACCGGUCAUUGCGGUCUUCAAAUCUACUGGUUUAAGAAAUCCCAAGGUCAAGGUAUCAAUGGGGGGGGUAAUCUGCCCCGAGACUCUGGAGCAAGUCACCCCCUGAUAUUCACACUAUUACAGAUGUAGCUCUUUUUUCAGGUCCAAACCCAUUUGUUUAUAUAUAUGUAGUAGUGGUGUGACAAUUUACCUCUCCUCCUCCUGUUUCUAUGUAACCUUUUCUGAUUUUACUGUUUUCUAUGUUUCAGUCUUUUUAUUGUAUGAUAUGUUGUUAUAUUCUUGGUUCCUGAUGUAAAUCACUUUGGAUACCUGCUGGUUGCUGUAAAGUGCUGUAUAAAUAAAUGUUGAUUGAUUGAUUUUGUACACUGGACUCACUCAGCGAAACCUGGAUCCUAAACGGUGGAACAAGUUCCCCUUAUUAACAUGAGGACGGCUGAAAGUCUACACAUCUCUUCAGAGGGCAUCCUGGCUAUGAAGAUAAUUGUUAUAUAUGUAUAUAAAAUAAUGCACUUACAUGUGGCUCUUUGUAGUUUGGCUUAUUUGAAGUUAAUGUACGUGUUCUUUGCGAUUCCUGCUGUUCUGAGUUUGAGGCGUCACGGUUGAAUGCACUUAUUGGAAGUUGCUUUUGGA